AAACCCAAAGCUCUGAACUGUUCAAAGCUCGUCUCACCUCUCCUUCGUUCUCUGAUCAUCCAUCCCUUCCGAUGGACGUGCUGGGGCCGUUCUUGGAUCCCGCCGCCGCCGAUCCGUCCCCCGCCUUCUCCGGCUCGUCCCGGCGCUCCCACUCGGACGAGGAGGUCGUGCUCGCGUCCAGCCACCCGAAGAAGCGGGCCGGGCGGGUGGUGUUCAAGGAGACCCGCCACCCCGUGUACCGCGGGGUCCGCCGCCGGAACAACGGCAAGUGGGUGUGCGAGCUCCGGGAGCCGAACAAGAAGUCCAGGAUAUGGCUCGGGACGUACCCGACCCCGGAGAUGGCCGCGCGGGCCCACGACGUGGCCGCGCUGGCGCUCCGAGGGCGGGGCGCGUGCCUCAACUUCGCCGACUCGGCGUGGCGGCUCCGAGUGCCGGACUCGAGGGACGCGGCGGAGAUACAGAGUGCGGCGGCGGAGGCGGCGAGGGCGUUCGGCGGCGGCGGCGGCGGCGGGGAGGCAGCGGAGGAGGCCGAGGGGGCGGCCGGCGGCGACGCGAAGGAUGCUGCAGAAGACGGCGGCGGCGACACGGUCAUGAACAGCUUGAGCUCGCCAGAGAACCCCUUUUGUAUGGACGAGGAGGCAGUGGUUGGCUCGGAUUUCGACUAUUCGGAACGGUGGAUGGAAGGGCCGCUGCUAUCGCCGCCGCCGCCGCCCGCCCCGGAGAGGUUUCACCCGAACUGGGAAGAUGUGGAAAACGAUCCUGCGGAAAUGCGCUUGUGGAGUUACUCCUUAUAAAGUAAGAGAGGGUAGCCAAGAAGAUAGCGUGCCUUUCUUGAAUUUUGGUUUUGAAUUAGAUUAAGGGGAUUGUAAUAGCAAGAAUUGUGAAAUAGCUGGGCAUGAUUUGGGCGUGAGAGAAAUGGCAGACGUGGCAAAAAUAUUUUGUUGUCAUGUCAUUGGAUUUGUAUUAAGUGAAAUUAAAGCGAACGAAUUUUCACCUAA